AUGCUAUCGAUAUUUGUAUCCGGCUUUGUUUGUCAGCAUGGUCAUCGAAUAAUUCCACUUCGAUUUGAUACAGCUAUUGAUUAUCUUCGACAAUAUGAACAAUUUAGAUCAUCCCCACAUAAGAAUCAUGUUCCAUAUGAAAUUACACUGAAUGAUAUGUUAAUAUAUAGUCAAAACAUAUCAUUUUCAAAUAGUAAUAUAUCUGUUUGUGAACAACAUUUUAUUGAAUUAAUUCAAGCAGCAUCACAUUAUGAUGCAUGGGCACUUAAAAUACUUGAUUCAUGGGGUAAACCGUUACCAUCUGGUCUAUUCAAAGGUAAUAUCUAUUGGACAGGUAAUUAUGAUGAAUGUUUACAGCAAAUGUAUUUACCUAUAAUGCAUCCGGAUGAAGCAUGUUUACCAAUUUCAUGGUAUCUCUAUAAUGAUAUGCAAUUUCAUUGGAUUGCACCAUUCAUUCUUAUUCCAUUUGUUAUCGAACGAAAAUUCGUAGCUUCCAUCAUUGCUGCUAUCUUUGUUUUUAUUAGUAUAAGUUCAAUUUUGGGUACUCUUAUUUAUUAUCCGACAAUAUCGUUUGGUCCACUUCAAGGUAUUGCAACUGAAAACGAUGGGCCGUCAUUUUUUAAAAGUGUUUAUGUUGCACCAUGGUGUCGUAUAUCAGCGUAUGCCAUUGAUCUAAUGGUUGGUUUUCUUGUUACAAUGUCAGUCGUACAUAUCGAUUCAAACUUUCGACAAAAAUCAUUGGAAAUCUUGUUGUGUCUUAUUGCAUUAACAUGUAUAUUUUCUAUGUAUGCUGAUGCUAUUCUCGUACCGGGUCUCAAUCGUUCAUGGCUUGUAGUCUAUCAAACACUUCCACAUGCAUGUUGGUCAUUAGUGAUCGGCUGGCUUAUUUUUCUAUGUAGUACAAAUCAAGGUGGAAUUAUAAAUACAAUUCUAUCAUGGUCUAUUUGGACACCACUGGCUAGAUUAACUUAUGGCACCUAUCUUAUUCAUACAACCGUGAUCAAUGUCAUUGUAUUUAAUCGAACUGUACCAUUCUAUUUUCAAUCGUCUACUGUGAUAAAUGAUUUUAUGGCACAAUAUGGUGAAAGCAACGGUGCCUCAGAAGAGAAACCUGAAAAAGAUGGUGAAAGCAACGGUGCCUCCGAAGAAAAACCUGAAAAAGAUGGUGAAAGCAACGGUGCCUCCGAAGAAAAACCUGAAAAAGAUGGUGAAAGCAACGGUGCCUCAGAAGAGAAACCUGAAAAAGAUGGCGAAAGCAACGGUGCUUCAGAUGAAAAACCUGAAAAAGAGGUUGACAGCAACGGAGCCUCAAAUGAAAACCCAGAAAAAGAAGUAGAGAACAACAGUGGCUCCAAUGAAAAUCCAGAAAAAGAAGUCGACAAUAACAGUGGCUCCAAUGAAAAUCCAGAAAAAGAAGUCGACAAUAACAGUGGUUCAAAUGAAAGCCCAGAAAAAGAUGGUGAUAGCAAGGAAGCAUCCAAGGAAAAGCCUGAAAAAGAUGGGAACAGCGUUGAAAGCGCGGAAUCGGGUGAGAAGGACGGGAACAAGUGUGUGGUGCCAGAUGAUAGUGAUGGGAAUGAUGAAUCUCAUAAAGAACAUGGAAAGCACCCAAAAGACUCAGCCGAAUGGAAUAAAAAACCGGGUAAGCAUGGCAAAGAGUCAGGGGAAUCACAUAAAAAACCAGGCAAGCACGGAAAAGAGUCAGGGGAAUCAAAUCAAAAACCAGGCAAGCACGGCAAAGAGUCAGGGGAAUCAAAUCAAAAACCUGGUAAGCAUGGCAAAGAGUCAGGGGAGGCGGAUAAGAAGCCUGAGAAGCACGGGAAAGAGUCAGGAGAAUCACAUCAAAAACCAGGCAAGCACGGCAAAGAGUCAGGGGAAUCACAUCAAAAACCAGGCAAGCACGGAAAAGAGUCAGGAGAAUCACAUCAAAAACCAGGCAAGCACGGGAAAGAGUCAGGAGAAUCAUUUAAAAAACCAGGCAAGCACGGCGAACAUGGUACAGAUUCAGCUGAAUCUCAAGAAAAGAAGCUGGCGAUGGAGUGA